UUGUACUUCUCAAUACAAUGUAAAUUUCAGUAGGUAGUUUUUAUUGCAAAUAAUAUUUUGCAUUCGGUCUUUACAGACCGGAAUACAGUUUUAUAGAAUACACUGACACAAAAACACGAACACCUCACACACAAUACUAUAGAAUUUUUGCAGCCAAUUUUCUUAAAAUCCAUUAAAGCUGUUUCCCAAUCGGUUAGACUGUAUAAAUUCUGUUCUGCUGCCCGAUGAGCUGUUUUCGGCCCUCAGCCGCUUUUUGGGGUUCCAAAAGGAUCUGAACGAGGAUAGUUCAAAAGAAAAUCCUUGCUUGGGGGACACAAAAGCGACCUGUUCCGUUAGCGACGACGACACCUACGAUCCUUGUCCCACUGUCAGUUGGUAUUCAAUGCCACGCACCCCCUGUGAACCGCAACAGGAUCCUCUACAUCAAACAACCCUCAAUGGCAGCAGACAGAAUGAGUCUUCGGUGAUGCAGCAGAUGCUCUCUCGUAACAAAGACGACGAGUAUCAAUGUUGCAACUCUCCGGAGUGUCCGAAUAAUAGCUCACCAAUUAGGAGUUCCAAUAAUCAGACCUUUCCACAGCAAAUUGUCCCUCUACAUAAUUUAUUUAAUUUUCAGUCUGCAAUCAAUCAUUUACACCAGUCACCUCGUCAUACGACACGAUCUCACAGUGUUCCUCGACACCAUUAUAGAAAUAAUGAAUAUGAUAAGUUUGAUCAUCAUAAAUCUACUCACAACGAACAUAGGAAUGCAAUAAAGCCACGUAAUGAUCACACGCCUUGCGAAAAGAAUAUGCCAAGUGGAAAUUCGUAUUCCAUUAAUCAAUGCGAUAAUUAUGAUAUGGACUGCAGUUCUAGGAAUAACACAUCGAACGGGUGGAAUAAUUCCUCUCAAAUUGGUAUGAACUUCGGCGAGUUUCAGAGGCGGCAAUUACAAAGCCAACAGCAACAAGCUCGACCGCAAAACCAAUCACGAAUAUCUUGGAUAGACGACGAGGAAUCUAUUGAUUUUAAUCCAGAUCUGAAUAGUACGAGAAUAAGCCGUGGUGAUAGUUACCAACAAUCGGUGAAAAAUUACUCACAGCAAAGCCCACGCUAUCGAGAAAAACCUUCUUGUCAGAUGUGCAACACAAGCUGCCAACCACAAAGUAAGGAACAGUCUAUGUCCGCUCCAAGUCCUGAAUUGAUGCGAAGGCAAAAACAGUGUGAAUCACCGCAACUACGAUGUCGACAAAUGGAUUACGAAACCGAAAUCAAUAACACGAGUUACCUUCAACCACCUGAGACUCUUAGAAACGCUAGAUGUACACCACAAACAAUUCAAAAUCUUGGUAAAAAUCAGUGCUGCAAUAAUUCACUUAACAUUAACCGUGAUUUACCUAAGAAUCGGUCAACUUGUUGUCAGAAAUCUCUGGGCCAGAGCCAAAACAAUCGAUCGAUUCCACCCAUAAGUCAAGCUGGCUGUUGUAGUCAAGGAUCGACCGCCUUUGACAGAAGUCUUCAGGAUAACCGAAGAUUUGAAUGUCGAGGAAAUACGUCUACUUUAAGAAAUCAAACUCAGAUGGACAUGUCUCAAAUAAUGUCAGAAUGGUCGUAUACGAAUCAUACAUCAUUGGGAAAAUCAAAGCAAAAUUCUUCCUUUGGAGGACGUUCUAUGCAAACCCCUGAGGAUCGUCUAGCCGAGCGCAUUCAAAAUGAUUUUCAUGAGACGUUGGUCAAGGAUCGUUUUUGUCCGGGCAUUAUACAAGCUAGUCUGGACGGACGUGAGAAUUUCAAUCAAUACGCCCAAGAGAUAGCUUUUGCUGGACCCAUUCCGGAAAAGCCAUUUCCGGUGGAUCCCAUCACCAUGAUAGAAGCCAUCAAGUUGCGAAUCGACUACGAACGUAAAGAGAUUCGUAAAGAGAAAGAUAAGGCUGAGGAGCGAGAUAAGGACACAAAGAAUCACUCUAAAGAUGCCAAAUCAAGACGUUCCAGACCAACCAUCGUAAAUGACAUUGAUGUACACUUUAAUUCUAAGAACAAGUCUGAGGUUAAUGAGGGCGUGGCAGCCUUUCUGAAGGCAGAGAACGAUUAUCACAAUACCAGCAUGGGAACAGAUUCCGCCUUUGAUGCCCAUAUCAAUAGCUUUGACAGUAAUCUCUUUGAUGAACAAGUUAAAGUCAAUUCCUACACGGCGACUACAACUCCCAUUUAUAGAUAAUUUAAAAUGGAUCAUUAAUUUUUGUAUUAUCAGGAAGCCAUUCACAAGCCCACCGAAUCUAGUAGUCACUGUAAUAAAAUUCAAAAAAAGUCCCUAAAUAA